ACGUGCUUUCACUCGAAUCGGCGCGGAGCGUUGGAAUGGGAGAGCCCCCGACCCCGCGGCCCGCGGCCAGCUCCACUGCCCGCGCCGGCGCCGGCGCCGGCGCCGGCGCGACGUCAUGGUCGGAGCUGCUCGCGCCGUUCGACCUCUCCCGCCUCCGCGCCACGCUCUCCUCCCGCCCGCUCACCCCGCGCCGCCUCGCCCGCCUCCUCGCGCUCCCGCUCUCCCCGGCCACCUCCCUGCUCCUCCUCGACUGGUACGCGGCUUCCCAUCCCGCGCUCUCGCCCUCCUCCCUCCCGCUCCGCCCCGUCCUCGCCGCCGCCGACCCGGACCGCGCGCUCGCGCUCCUCGACUCCCUCCCGCCCGGCCGCCUGCCCCCGCUCCGCGAGUCGCUCCUCAUCCCGCUCCUCCGCUCCCUGCCCCCCGGCCGCGCGCUCCACCUGCUCGACCAAAUGCCCCGCCGCUUCGCCGUCGCCCCGUCCUUCCGCUCCUACAACGUCGUGCUUUCCACGCUCGCGCGGGCCGACUGCCACGCUGACGCGCUGGCACUGUACCGCCGGAUGCUCAAGGAAGGCAUGCCGCCCACCACCUUCACCUUCGGGGUCGCCGCGCGCGCGCUCUGCCGACUCGGCCGUGCUGACGAGGCACUUGCGCUGCUCCGCGGGAUGGCGCGCCACGGCUGCGUGCCCGACGCCGUGCUGUACCAGACGGUCAUCCACGCCCUGUGCGACCAGGGCGGGGUCGCCGAGGCCGCCACGCUCCUCGACGAGAUGUUCCUGAUGGGUUGUCCAGCGGACGUGAACACAUUCGACGAUGUCGUGCGCGGCCUGUGCGGGCUCGGGCGGGUGCGCGAUGCAGCCAGGCUGGCGGACAGGAUGAUGAUGAAGGGGUGCACGCCGAGCGUUCUGACGUACGGGUUCCUCCUGGAGGGGCUGUGCAGAGCAAGGCAGGUGGAUGAGGCGCUGGCAAUGCUAGGGAGGGUGCCAGAGGUGAACGUCGUGUUGUUUAACACGGUAAUCGGUGGGUGCUUGGCUGAGGGGAAGCUGGGUAAGGCGACAGAACUGUAUGAGAUAAUGGGUUCCAAAGGCUGCCCGUCAGAUGUGCACACAUACAAUAUAUUGAUACAUGGUCUUUGCAAGCUUGGGAGGAUUGGUUCAGCUGUGCGGAUUCUUGGUGAGAUGGAGGAGAAGGGUUGUGCUCCAAAUGUCGUGACCUACACAACCUUGCUGCAUUCGUUUUGCAGGAAUGGCAUGUGGGAUGACACAAGAACAAUGCUGGACCAGAUGUCGGUGAAGGGCUUGAUUAUGAAUUCCCAAGGAUACAAUGGAAUGAUAUAUGCAAUAUGCAAGGAUGGCAGGUUUGAUGAUGCAAUGAGGCUCGUCCAAGAGAUGAAGAGUCAGGGGUGCAAGCCUGAUAUUUGCACGUACAAUACAAUAAUUUAUCAUUUGUGCAACAAUGACAGGAUGGAGGAGGCGGAACAUCUUUUUGGAAACUUACUUGAAGAGGGUGUUGUCGCCAAUGGAAUAACUUAUAACACUCUCAUUCAUGCACUUCUACGUAAUGGAAGGUGGCAGCAGGGCCUAAGGCUUGCUAAUGAAAUGGUACUUCAUGGCUGCUCACUAGAUGUUAUUAGCUACAAUGGGCUGAUAAAAGCCCUCUGCAAAGAGGGGAAUGUUGAUCGGAGUAUGGGGUUGCUUCAGGAAAUGAUGGAAAAGGGAAUUAAGCCAAAUAAUUUCUCAUACAACAUCCUGAUCAGUGAGCUCUGCAAAGCAAGGAAGGUACGCGAUGCACUAGAGCUCUCAAAGGAGAUGUUGAAUCAAGGACUCACUCCUGAUAUUGUGACUUACAAUACCCUCAUAAAUGGAUUGUGCAAAAUGGGAUGGACACAUGCUGCUUUAAAUCUCCUAGAGAAGCUACCCAACGAAAAUGUGCAUCCUGAUAUUAUCACAUAUAAUAUUCUCAUUAGUUGGCACUGCAAAGUCAGAUUGAUUGAUGAUGCGGCUAUGCUUCUAAACAAAGCAGUAAGUGGAGGGAUAGUUCCUAAUGAGCGAACUUGGGGAAUGAUGGUGCGAAAUUUGGUCAGGCAUCCAGCCAAUCUCGAGGGGUAUUAGAAGGUUUUACUGUAUAUGCUGUAUGUUGUAAUGGCUGUCAUGGUUUUGGUACUAUGUGAAGCUUGAUAUGUUUUGAAGGUCAAAAUGAAGCGCAUCUUGCCUUCCAGCACACCAUUCGUCAUGCAUGUUGAUCUGGACUGUUGCAGUUCUCUUAGAAUACUGAUUAAGCGUGAUAGCAAACAUACUAGCCGGUUCUUUGAGAUAGUUCAACCAUAAUGUUGGCUGAAAAGUGCCUGAAUGGGAAAGGAAGGGAAAGUUUCCAGUAGCACAGUAAUCAUAUUUGUGAGUGAUACAUAAUGGACCUUUCUACCUGUCCAGCACAUCCUAUCUGCAGUAUUAAACCACCCCAAGUGGCAGUGGGCUAGCGAGCACCCAUCAUGAAUCACAGCGUCUCCGUGGCCCUGUGGUUUGGGUCGGUGAUGGUUGGGAACUCGUGGAGCUGUGAUAAGCAUUGCUGUGGCGCUUGAGGAGAACGUUCGGUUACCUGAGAUAGUGUCAUGUGGGUUUUUUCCCUCCAUCACUGGAAAUCCAAGAAACCAUGCUGGUGUUGAAGGAAAGCAUGCCAGUGCCCAGGCCCCCGCAGUGCAGCACAACAUGGGUGGAGGGAGCUCCCCCUCUGCUCCCAGCAUUAUUGCAAGGGCGUCCACCGGGUCGUGAAGGGACGGGCCAGCGACACCGGCGGCCGGCCUUGGGGCGCCACCUCACCGUCCCUUCCCUCCUAGACCAGCGCGCGGCUCGGGUGCAGACGCAAGGCGAGCGUGGUGGACUGGUGGUGACUCCGUUGCUCCCAAGGCUUCCCCAAAGCACGAUGCGCCCAUGGCCGAGGCGCCGGCGGCCACAGCCCAUCUGCGUGCGUGCGUGCGGACUGGAGGGGAGCUGUUGCCGUUCCUCGCGCUAGCUUCUUUUUGUUUACCCCUUUGGACGCCGCGGCUGUCUGCUCGAAACUGCAAACGGCUUUGCCUCGAUCUAACCUGCGUUCUCGUGCGAGCGCGGGACGCGAAGCCUGUGGUCAGCCGGGCAGUAAGAUCCUGUGGCGCCGAAGCCCAAGCCAAUCCUCUGCGGUCGACUGCAGUGACCGACAUGUGGGCCCAACAGGCGUCCAGGGCAUCUGGGCCCGCGUGCAGCGACGGUGUUACUCUACAACCGGCUGCAGAGUUGAUUACCAAACCGAAGCCGAAGCCGAAGCCGCUGGACGUGCCCGGUGUCCAGCCAGCCAUGGGAUACAAUCAGCACACCCACGCCGCGGCCGUGGGCGGUGGGCCUGCGCGACGCGACGCGAGGCGACACGCGCGCGCACGCGUCGUCGUCGUCGGCCUCGGGCUCGGGCUCGCGUCUCGCCCCUCGAGACGCCACGGGCGCGGCGCAGGCGGCAGGCCUGCCUGCCCGCGCUCGCUGCUGGUCGCCGGCGCCGCAGGGAACCUAACCUGGGCAAUGGCAUGGGUCCCAUCUCUCCUCUGAGACUCUGACCUGCCCCACCUGGCAGCACAAUCAGCUUGAUACUCGGUCAAAAUGCACCAAACAAGGCAUUCGCCUCGUCUCCUUUUC